GUUUUUUUGGCUGCUACCUGUACAAAUGUACUGUAACGAGAAGAGUACUGAAAAGUAUAUGUAUACCUGUGAAUUUUAGUUUUCAACAAAGUAGUGAACAAAUCAAACCUUUUACGUACAGGUGUACUGAGAGUUAACAAAAACAUAAUCUGCAGUACUUUAAAUUUUCAUGUUCAAUUAAAAAUAAGGUAACGCUUCGCUACGUCUUCAUUACAUAAAUAUUUUCGUUAUCUGCUGUCAUCAUCAUAUAUUACAAUACAUUUAAGAUACUCUUGGUAUUAAUUUACAAGCUAGCAGUGAAUGUGUGGGGUCUGGUAAAAUCAUGUUUUAUUAGUACAAAUCAUUGAUGAUCAUGAGUGCAUCGUUUUCUUGACUUGAAUGUAUCAAACACCCAUGCAUACAUCCUGAGUUCAAGCUAGCUUAUGGAGAGAGAAAGAGAUGUACCUUCAUAUCCACACAGGAUACAAGUCUUAGCUCCCCCGCGAGUGCCGGCCAACAUCAGCACUGAUCAUUAUAUAUAGUCACUGUAAUGAAGAUGACCUGAAUCAGAUAUAUGUAUAAUGUAUAUCUCUCUCUCAUAACAAUGACAAUCUGUCUGCUGGCCAUUUGUCAUUGGCUGUUUAUUGAUUUGAUGUAGCGUUUGACUACAGAUAAACAGGAGAUUCAGUAUUGUGAGAGAUGAACUUACUCUCAUAUGCUGCUAUGUAACCUCUGGAAAAUUGGUAAGCUGCAAUGAGAGACAAAGAGAGGAAGAGCGAUUGGAUAUGUUGUUACAGUAGUGAUUUCUAUCGAAAUCUACUGGGGCAGGCUUAGCUCCUCUUGAUGCAUUACUCUUCUUUCAACCGAUUCAAACAGGUGGAUAGUGAAUAAUCAAAGUCCUGAGAGUACUCAAGGACCACGAUGCCGGGGGUUGGGUUCAUUCGGGUCAAGCUACUUCAGGUAGACAAAGGGGACGCUGUGACCACGUCGGAACCGUUUGAUCCGUUUGUAGCUGUCAAUGUCAAGGAAACUGUCAACUCACCAGGUCAGAAACCACAGUAUGUACAGAAGAAACGGACAAUAUACCCAGAAUGGAAUACUUGUUUUGAUGCUCACAUUUACGAGGGUCGAGUCAUUAACAUGAUUGUCAAUGAGAAGCCCAACAGGAUGUUGGCUGAAGUGACCAUCAGCGCCAGAGCUUUAGCUGACAAAUGCAGGGACGGCAACAUCUCGUCGACCUGGCUGGAUUUGAAGCCAUCUGGGAGACUGCAGAUACAGAUUCGAUUUUUCUCCGAAAACGAAGAGGUAGCUCCCGGACCCUCUGUCAAGUCCAAAGAACAAAUUCCACAGACAGACCCAGACAAGGGGGGAGGAGGGAUCACUCGACGCAGGGGUGCCAUCAAACAACAGAAAGUUCAUGAGGUCAAGGGUCACCAGUUCAUCGCCAAAUUUUUCCGACAGCCAACUUACUGUUCUUUCUGCAAUGAGUUUCUAUGGGGGCUCAACAAACAGGGCUAUCAAUGUAAAGUUUGUAACUGUGCUGUCCACAAGAAGUGUCAUGAGAAGAUCCUGGGCCAGUGCCCGGGCAGUGCCAAAGACAGCAGGGAGACCAAGAUGAUGUCGGAGAGAUUCAAUAUUAACGUUCCGCACAGGUUCAAGGUCAAUAACUACAUGUCGCCGACCUUCUGUGAUCACUGUGGCACUCUGCUGUACGGUUUGUUCAGACAGGGACUCAAGUGUGAAGUAUGUGGUACAAACUGCCACAAGAAAUGUGAGAAAUUCAUGCCCAAUUUAUGUGGUGUCAAUCAAAAGAUGUUGGCGGAGGUUCUGAGUGAGGUCAGGAAGGCGCCAUCUGUCAGUCAACGAAAACAAGGCACAACUACGAAUAGCCAAGAAGAGAGUAGCUCAGAUGAUGAAGGCCAGGGAUAUGAACAGAUCUGGGAAAAAAAUGGCCCCCCUCUGGAGCCCCCAGGAAGCAAACCCCCUGCUGUCCCUCGACGAAAAUUCACACCCAACGAUUUCUCUUUCCACAAAGUUUUGGGCAAAGGAAGUUUUGGAAAGGUCAUGCUAGCAGAGCUUAAGGGACGAGGGCGAUACUAUGCUAUCAAGGUUCUCAAGAAGGACGUAGUGUUAGAGGACGAUGACGUAGAGUGUACAAUGAUAGAGAAACAAGUCCUGGCCCUGGGCUGUCAGCACCCCUAUUUAACUCAUCUACACAGUACUUUCACCACACCAAGCCACCUGUUUUUUGUGAUGGAGUACCUGAAUGGUGGAGAUCUGAUGUUCCAUAUACAGCUCUCCGGGAAAUUCGACAUGGCAAGGGCUCAAUUUUAUGGUGCAGAAAUUUUGUUAGGAUUGCAAUUUUUACAUUCAAGAGGAAUUGUUUAUAGAGAUCUAAAACUAGACAAUGUGUUGCUGGACCGAGAGGGACACGUAAAGAUAGCAGAUUUUGGCAUGUGUAAACUGAAUGUAUUUGAUGAGAGGAAAGCCACCACAUUUUGUGGAACUCCAGACUACAUCGCUCCAGAGAUUCUGAAAGGUUGGAAGUACAACCAGUCAGUUGAUUGGUGGUCGUACGGUGUUCUGCUGUACGAGAUGAUGAUUGGCCAGUCACCUUUCCAUGGAGAUGACGAAGACGACUUAUUUCAUUCCAUUAUGAAUGACACCCCUCACUACCCUAGGUGGCUUUCCAAGGAGGCAGCAUCAAUGCUUAGUUUGUUAUUUAUACGAAAUCCCAAAGAGAGGCUUGGCAUGCCCGAUUGCUCGGCUGGACCAAUCAGAUCGCAGGCAUUCUACAAAAACAUUGAUUGGGACAGACUGGAGCUAAAACAGAUGGACCCGCCAUUCAAACCAAAAAUUAAAUCUGAUCAUGACAUAUCAAACUUUGACAAAGACUUCACAAUGGAGAAGGUCCAGCUCACUCCACCAGACAAAGAACUUCUCAAGACAAUGAAUCAAAAAGUCUUCAAUGGCUUCUCCUUCACCAGCACCGAGGCAGAACACUAAGAUCAGAAAUCCCGAAUCCGCUCGGGAAAUCUCCGGGAAACGUUCAGCCGUCAAUCCCUGGUCUCCAAUGGUGGCCAUCUGUGAUCCUAAUAGAAUAUAUGUCUCUUCUAUUCUACUGUGUAUUACGGACUGUGUUGUUUUGUGCAGAAUCUGUGUCAGGACCUAUGGAAACUGAGGAUUUUGUAUACGGGGCCAUCUCAAAAACUGACUGAUGGACAAGCUGUACAGCAUUACGUUAAUGGCUUGGUGUUAGAUAUGAUGAUUCACAUUCUCUACUGUCAAUUAGUAGUGAAGGAUUGGAAUUCAUUUUCAUAUUUUGUCUUCUUUAUAGGUGUGAAUCGAGUUUCGAAUUCAUUGAAAAAUAUAAUACACAAGGAAAUAUAUGUAUUUAAUAGUUUAAUUUGUGGAUAUUCCAACUCACAAGCAGAUUAUCUUCCUAUUUUUAACUUGUAGCUUAGAUAAACGACCAAACAAUUUUUUUCUUACUUUGUAUUUACAUUUUUCUACAAAAUGUGAUUGUGCCUUUUGUGGUUUAUCCAAAGUUAUUUCUGUGUGUAUGUUUGUCAUUUGCUUACCCCCUUUUUAUUAAAAGCAGUUUGUAUAACCUUUAAAAGAGAUGUUCCAAUCUGAGUUGAAAACCAAACGUUUAUUCUAUGUAGCUACCAGAAAACAAUCAUGAUUUGAUAGUUGAUAAAUUAUACUUGAAAAGUGUUAAAUGCUAAUUGCUUGUCAAUGGUUUGAUAUCACAACAAAAUGAUGUAUAAUAGAGUGUUAAUAAUAUGAGAGUGUUUUGCAUUGACUGCAUAAUAAUAAUAGCAGUUGUAUUCUCUAUUUUUUCAUAAAUGAAAUCCAUGUAGGUUUAUUUUCUCUACCCAAAGAAAGCUAGACUUGUUUUAACUUUUGCAAUGACAUGGGCCAGACAAAUAGAAAAUGUUAAGCUCUUGUAUAUGUUGGACUUGGAAGAUGCUCUCUUCUUCAUGGAUUUGUUAUACACUCUAGAAGUGUACUUAUUUUUAGAGUAUAUUUAAUAUUUGUGUCUUUAUUCCUUGAACACAUUGUAGUUGUUCCCAUAAUAGAUUACAUCUUGAAACUUUUUUUUUUUUUUAUUAUCACAUUCUCAACAUUCACAAAUAUUUGACUGGUAUGUUUUACUAUCAACACCUCUGUGUUAAUUAAUGUAAAUAAAAGUUUUAUAAACUGGGCCAAUUUAUGGUAAAAUUCGAGUAAAGAGACAAAUCUUAUGCACUACACAUUACAUAUUAUUAUAAGUUUGCAAUGUUCUGAACAUAUAUAUUUCACAGGAGUUAUAAGAUGAUUAAUGUUGGAGGUCUGCUAAGACACAUUUCACUUGCAUUCACAGAAAAGCUUGCAUUAACAGAAUGAGUAACAUAGAAUCAUAGGCAAAUAAAUGAAUUGUAAAUGUUAAAUGGAUGGCGUGAAUGUUAGAUAGCAGCAUUGUUAAACAGACAUGAACAAUUGUAAAAAAUUUAGGAUUGGGUCAUUUAUUCUCUCCCAGUCUUCAUUUUUUAAAACAGAAGUACUUGUUUCCAGUUUUUACUCAGGAAUGAUGAUUUUUUUAUCAAAAGCACAGGUAUUAUCUGCAAGACACAUACUAAUGGCAGUCAACAAGCAUAUAUUGAAUCAAUUACCCAAUUUGCCCAGCAUACUUCAGAUAAAGUGUUAGCAAAUAUGUGUGGACAUUGUAUGCUGCUGUGUUUGCAAACGUGUAUUAUGUUUUGCUUCAGUACAAUUGGUAAGAACAAGUAUUUCCCCCUAUCUGGUACAUAGUGUCAGCAAUGUAGUGUAAUUAUGUAUACGUAACUCUUUUACAUUUAUACAUGUAUCGACUAAUGUUUCAUCAGGACUAAAAAUAAAAUUCAUGUUAAAUCUA